AUGACGACGAACGAGGGCUUUGACAUUUGCAAUCCCUUGGAGCUGUUCUCCCUUCUCUUGGAAGAACGGUGGGGCCGAGACAGAAGGGACUCCUGCAAUUCUCCUUCUCCGACCUUUCUCUCUCUUUUUUCUCCUUCAGGAUGCACAGCACUGACCUACGAUGACUUUGAAGAUGAAAUCUCCUACCUGUAUCCGGAUGAAGAAGGGCCUUUUGAAGAAGAGGACGGCCAAGCCAGUGACUGUGGAGAUACCUACUAUGACUGGGUAGCGCUGUUCUGCUGGCCCAAGUUUCAUGCCUCCGUCAUGGCUGCAGCAGAGAGCAGCCGGUGCCUCUGGGAAACAACUGGCAGCAUGUAUAGCGAGCUGGUCCUCUGCACUGGGCUUCUGGCUGAAGGGAUGGGCUGUCCGGUGGCCAGCCCCACCUUGGAUGUCUUCUUCACGAGGAUCCACGCCGAGUACUUCGCCAACUGCUCCCACCCCAGUGACGCCGCAGAGCAUCGGCCACCCACCGGAGUGGUCGUCAUCUUGACCUCCCUGCCGGUCUGUUUGGUGCCCCUCUCCAUCGCCCUUGUCCUCCGCAAGGCACGGGGUCCCGAAACUGCACUGCAAACUCCCUCGCGGUGGGCAACAGUUAGAAAGGGAGCAGUACUGCUAAAUGCCGAGAGGUGGGAGGCAACACUUUUGGGCAUCUAG